AUGACGGACAAAAGCUUAGCACCUUCUCACCAGAAUCGAAGAAGAUUACCCCCGAAACAGCGUCAGCAUGAAUCUUCCAGUAAAGCCAAUCGACAGCUGGUCAAGGGGAAUCCGCCGUUAUCUUCUGGUGGAACCGACCUUUGGAUCUCUUCACCCAACACUUUUAUCCGAAAUGGAAGUAAGCUCAACAAACUUGUAACUGUCAUUAAAAUUGGCGUCACUGCUUAUUUCCGACAUGAAUGGAUGCAAGCCGGACCGAGGUACAUUACAGUCCUGCCCUCCGGCAUCGUUUACGGUCUGCUCCUAUUUCCCCCUCAUUUGGGCCGAGAGAGAAUUGGCAAGAAAUACCAGCCCAUUGCUCGAUUGGCACGAAGAGAAACUGGGUCUUCCUGA